AUGGCUCAACCGACCCUCGUUACGACAAUGCAACCGCCGCCAGGCCCACACGCUCAGCUGGUUCUUCCCGAGUCGACCCCCAACACGAACCCACCCGUUUUCCACGGCGCCAUGCAAGUGCGCAUGCGCGUCUUCGUCGACGAACAAAAAUGCUCUGCCGACGCGGAGAUUGACGCCGACGACUACCGCAGCUGGCAUUGGGUCCUCACCGACAGUGCAACCCACCACCCUAUUGCUGUGAUCCGCCUGGUGCCUCCGCCACAGCCACCCCACGAACUACUCACGCACCCAGAGGCGUCACAGCAGAAUCUCCCGGACUAUGACUGGGCGCAUGAGCCGUGCAUCAAAUUGACCCGCGUGGCCGUGGUGCCCGAGUACCGCGGACUCGGACUCGGCCGACAACUGGUAGAAACAGCGCUGGCGUGGGCGGGCGCGCACGCGGGCGAGAUCGAUGCCGCGGCGCAGGAGAUGACGGUGCGGACGGGGUGGGAUCGUCCGGUGGCGGCGUGGAGGGGUUUGGUGCUGGUGCACGCGCAGGUCGAUGUGGAGCAGAUGUACCGACGAUUGGGCUUUGCGACGGACCUGUCACUGGGGAGGUGGGACGAGGAAGGGAUUGAGCACGUGGGGAUGUUCAAGCGGAUUCCCCUGACUUCGGAGGCAGACCAUGACCACAGGUAG